AUGCACUUCUUUCACUGUAACGUACUUCAUCUUGGGGCCAUCCUGCAGUCAGUCCCAGAAGCAUUCAUUUUUGGUCCUUGCCAUCUUGGCUUGGCUCCCGGGCACGUCCUGAAGAUAGGAUCGGGUUUCGCUUCGCCAUCAGAUCGUUCCAUGCCGUCAUCCCUGCUGGCUUUGGCGCUUCUUGUGCUUUCAAGAGGUGCCGAGAAUGACACCUGCGAACUUCUCAGCCUUCAGAAAGAGAUCGGGUCUGGCAGGAUUUCUUUGACAGCUCCACUCCGGCCGCCGCGAGGUGGCAGCUUGGCCGAGGACCGGGUCAGAGACAUCGAGGACAGAGUCGGUGAUGGAAAGGCCCUGGAGGAAGGAGUCAAAGUGGAGGAGAAGAAAAACGAGCAAGCGAUCGAGGAUCACAGGGAGAGCGUGAAGGAUUGGGAUAGGAAGCUCCGAGAGUCCAAAGACGAAGAGAUCAAGUUGAAGAAUGACGGAAAGAAAGCUGAGGAGGAUCUCGCCAAGGCCAAGGAGACGUAUGAAAGGUGCCAGUCUGAGGCCUGGAUAUCCUCGUGCAGCAAGGAAAGGAAAGAUAUGGAAGACCAGGAGAAGCGGAAAGCGCAGAUCGGCGAUGAGGCGGUCAAGAAAGCCCAUGAAGUGGCAGAUGCUGAGAAGAAGAAGGCAGCGGCGGAGAAGAAGUUGCAGAAGGCGAAAGAUGCGGCAUCGAAGUACACCGCUAUCGUCGAAUCCGUCACGGGCACCCUGACGGAAUUGGGAAAGUGCUUGAAAGACAGCAGCAGCUGCGACUUCGCCGGCACAGGCAUCAAGCUCCUGCAGCAUGCCUCAGCAGUGAUGACGGCGGCGGCGUUCAUGUUGCCCUGGGGCCCUGUUAUCUCUUCUGCCAUCCAGUGGGUGCUGGGUUUCUUCAAAGCUGGAGUCGACCCAGGGCCGCUAGCCGUCAACAAGGAUGACUUAGAAUACGUGGUGAAGUUGGCCAUAAGUAACAACGAAGUGGAUAGCAUACAGAAAAGCUUGGAUUCCAGCCUGGAACAAUUGCACGGAACACUAACAUAUCUUGCGAUGACGAUCGUGCGGCGUGUUGAGCACUUGAACGGUACUGUCCCUGAUAAGCGAUACUACGGGGAGCUGGAGAUGUUCAAGGAAUUUUUCUGGACAGGAGGAGAUGGCCUACUCAGCAUUCGACAAGCCCGCCAGAACCUCUUUCUUGCUGUGCUGCAAACAUUCGGUGCUGCAAGUGGUGAGAAAACGAAAUCGCUGAGGGCCAACCUAUUGGACACAACUCCUUUCGAGAGCAAUUGUUGGCAGAAGUGUAGCGAAUGGGCUUCUCACGAUUAUCACCCGGACUGCUUGGACAAGGGCACGAAGGGCCUGCCAAUCGCUCAAGGUCGAUACGACUGGAUGAAAGAUGCUUUGAAGCAGUUCCAAAAUGUAGAGGAUAUCUUUCGCAAAGUGGAAGGCGCUUUUGUCGAAGUCAUCAAGAUGCAUGCGAACGACGACAAAGCCAAGGACGAGGCCAUGGUGGGUGACUUAAGAGCUCCAUGGGUGCGACAUAUACGAGGCCUUCUGGUGGGGGCUGAUGUCACACGUAUGAUGCGGCGGGUGAGUGCGCUGAUGAAGAAGGUGCAGGACAAGUGUGAGGUUGGCUAUUCACCCCUGAUGCAGAAGUGCAAUCCCAAGAACCCAUGCACUCGCACUGAACGGACGGACCAGGAGUGCUGGGGGUAUGACAACUGCAACUACUUGCAGCUGCGCAUUGUUGGCACUCCUUACGCGUGCAACGGUCAGUGUUCCGACUACGGCGCGGCUGGUGAAUGGAAGCAAAUUGGUCGCGCCAACAUCGGGAAAGAAGAUAACAAACACGGGCAUAAUUGCUACUAUCACGUGCAGGACUUGGUGGACACCUUCUCGAGAAGGACGGACGGUUUCCGCCCACAAGUAGGCCGGAACCAUGAUUUCUUGCGCAACACUUACGUCUAUGAAAGAAAUAAAAGAGUAGACGGCGCUCAGCAUCCAUGCUACUCCCACGGAUUUCACGGACUUGGGGCCACAUGCAGUUACGCAGAUGGCGCUGCGUACUGCGCCCGGCCGGUGGUGUGCCUGAAGGCUUGGCCACGGAUGAGAGAACAGACGAUAAGCCAAGCACAACAGAAAGUCUUAGAUGAGUGUGUGGAUGCUUUGGACUCAAAACAAUGGAGCCUUCUGAAGGCGCCAUCCGGGCCAAAAAGCGAGUCACUCAUCCUUGCCCUUAAGAAGGAGAAGAAGCGCAUGAAGAAGAUGCGGGGGCCGCCAAGCUGA